AUGGCCUCCGCCGCCGCACCCAAGCCCAAGUUAAUCGGCGCGGUCGAGGACUCAUGGGAGCUGUACAGCGACUCUGCCGCCGACUACACUCGCGGCCUCCCCAUUGGCUUUGGCGCCUCCUCGACCGUCUACGCCGCGAUCUACAAGCCCAAGGCUCAGCCGAACCACCCGCCGGUGCCAUGUGCGCUCAAGGUGCUCGACCUCGACUCGCUGCCGCCCAACUCGCUGCGACUGCUCCAGCGCGAGACACAGCUGAUGGCGAUGAGCAAGCACACGAACGUGAUCCGAGUACGCGGCUCCUGGAUGGAGGGCCACAAGCUGUAUAUCGCGCUCCGCCUCAUGAACGCCGGCUCGGCCGCAGACGUCAUGCGCUAUGCCUGGCCCGGCGGCAUGGACGAGGAAGUCGUCCGCUGCAUCCUCAAGCAAGCCCUCGAGGGCCUCAAUUAUCUGCACAUCAACGGCCUGAUCCACCGCGACGUCAAGGCCGCGAAUCUGCUCAUCGACGACGACGGCACGGUCUUGCUGGGCGACCUCGGCGUCGCAGCGCCACUGCACGAUGAAGACCACACGCACGAGCACGGCGCCAUUCCCGAAGGUUUCGCGUCAGCGUCUACAUCCAACAAGACGCCAACCACACCCACUCCCCCAUCAAAACAGCGGAUCGGCAAGCGCCGCAGCUUCGUCGGUACUCCAUGCUGGAUGGCGCCAGAGCUCAUCAGCGGAAAGCACUACGACUCGAGCGCUGACAUCUGGAGCUUCGGCAUUACCGCUCUCGAGCUCGCGCAGGGCCGCGCGCCCAGGAGUCGGGAGAGCCCCAACUCGGUUCUCCUUCAAACCGUGCACAGUGCGAGCCCGACGUUGAAUCGCGAAGGCGGCGUUCACAAGUACACUCGUGCGUUCAAGGAGGUCGUUGACCUGUGUCUCGCCAAGGAUCCUUCUUCUCGACCUACGGCCGCACAACUGCUGCAAAUGCCGUUCUUCAAGAACGCAAAGCGCAAGUCCUACCUCGUAGACACCGUCCUGCACUUCCACCACCACCCCCGCGAGCGCAGUCAUCUCGCGCCCGUCAUAGCGGAGAACUCGCCGCCACAAGACGAUGGGAUUGAUCUCAGUGCAUUAGCUGCUCUCCGGAGACGUGAGAGCGGCGAUGUCAAGGGCAAGGAGCGCGAACGCGAGCAGGAGGGAGGAGGACUGACGGUGUCGGACGAGAGCGACGAUCGCGAUCGCGCGUACCGUGUUUCGCCGGCGUUGAGCGGGAUCACGCCGUCGAGCCCGGCGAGCAGUCCGCCGACGAGCCUGCUCGACGGGAGCGGCAGCCGCGAGAGCCUCGCGGGCAUCGAUACGGCGCCGACGUCGGCUGGGCCGUCUGUGCUUGAGCCGUCGUCGCCCGCGCCUGCUGCGUUCGCGGGCUUCUUGGUCGAUGUGCCCGUUGCGGGGCCGUCGAGCCCGCCGAUACAUAUGCCGCCUGCCUCGACGGCGCCGGGGGCGAGAAGACCGGCGUUCCCUGAGGAUGCGCGAGCGGAUACUGCACCUCCCAAGUCCCGCCUCACGCCAUUGUCGUCCUCACCACCACGUACCCCAAUGUCAUCCGUCCCACCCAAAACCGCCCCUCUAUCCUCCCAACCUCCAAAGGCCCCCAAGACCUCCCGCGCCAGCGCCCAAAUCACUGCCGGCCGCGGCGGCGGCAUCGCCAAACCAGCCAUGGUCCGGCACUCGAGCUUCGGCACCGACAAAGAGGGCAAGAACUCGAGCGUGCGGAGGGGCAGCGACGGCGGCGCGGGCGUCACAAGCGGGUUCUUCGCUAAGAUUCGGGGGAAGAAGGAGGAUCUUAAGGAGGCUGCUAAGGCUACGGGCGGGCGGUUGACGGGGCGGAGGGGGUAG